AUGCUGAUCACUGCGCGCACGUAUUCGGCCUCCCAGACCCCCGAUCAAGGCGCAACGCGAUCUCACUCUGAACGGACAUCGCGGUAUCAUACCCUCUCCGGGUGGCGGACAGAUCCGGUGGAUGCCCGAAACGCGACAGAGAUGCUGCUCGUUCAUCAAUUUGGGACUGUUCGCGUAGGAGAGGUGGUCAGGUAUACAAUCACAUACACGCCAGCCGCCGAUCCCAUCCUACCUAUUCCCUCUGAUCUCUUCGUUCGCGUGAGAAAUACCUCUGCUAUCCCGUUGCGUGCCGCCUACCUCCAUGGCCCGUAUACACUGUACGCUGCUUGCUAUCCCGCGCAAUUCGACCCCAACACCAAAUAUGAGAAGCAAGGAAUCGAAGGAAAUCCACAAUAUGAACCAUAUCUCAAAGCUGGAGGUGGCUGGGAUGCCACCAUCAAGAUACCGGCUCACCUCCAGGACGCGCAUAACUUUGGAUCCUCGGGCCAAGAUGGACCGACGCGCGAACACAGCGUGACAUGGAUCGUUGAGAUACAAUCUCAGGUGAUUUUCUCGAGCAGUGCAGCGGUUCACUUCGAGUUACUAGUCGGCCGGGAUGAGAAGUCCUUAUCAUACUUUUCCGGCGGCGCAUGGAGCAGUGGGAAUGGUCCUCCGGGGAAACUACUAGACCAUUGGCGACCGGACGCCAGAGGCCAACAGGCACUUGCUUCCAAAGGAGUGUACUCGAAGGCUAUCACUGUUCAUGUCGAUGAUACAAGCAGCUUGUGGAACAGCCCAUCGCUUCCAUCUGUCAAAGAGGCUUCUGAUAUGACUGAGCCUGAAGGUGUAGGCCGCCAGCCUUCAGUUGAUAAUACGAGUUCGAGGGAGAACAGGAAACCCUCAGCAAAACCGAAGAAGAAAAAGAAGAAGGUUCAUCUCGUAUUGCUAACACACGGAUUGCACAGUAAUCUUGGCGCAGACAUGCUCUUCCUCAAGGAAAGCAUCGAUGCAGCAGCACGAACUUCGCACAAGAAAGCCCACAAGACUAAAACUCCUCAUGUGGACCCCAAGGGACACAACACCUCCGGUUCUCCCGCGGACGAGGCUGACGACUCUGACGACGACGAAGAACAAGUCGUCGUGAGAGGAUUCUCUGGGAAUGCUGUUCGAACUGAGCGCGGAAUUCAAUACCUCGGCAAACGGUUGGCCAAAUACGUCCUGCUUCUCACAUAUCCUGAUCAGCCCUACUUUCCUCUGAAAGGCCCGAAACCAAGUCCAUUCUCUAGACCUUUUAGUGCUCGCAAGGACAGACCACAGCCAUCCUCCGCGUCUGGCCUUGGGACAGCUCAGGAUGGUUCCCAAGCAGACGCAAUGGACGAUCAUGCUUAUCAGAUUACAAGCAUAAGCUUUAUCGGUCACUCUCUUGGAGGAUUGAUCCAAACAUACGCAAUCGCCUACAUCCAAAAACACUCCCCGAAGUUCUUUGAUCAGAUCAAACCCAUCAACUUCAUCGCUCUUGCAACUCCAUUCCUCGGUCUGAGCAAUGAAAACCCCUUGUAUGUUCGAUUCGCUUUAGACUUGGGCUUAGUUGGACGUACUGGGCAAGACCUGGGACUGAGUUGGACGGCACCGAAAGUUCGAAGUGGUUGGGGAGCCAUGAUAGCAGGCAGGGGAGAUGCUUCCAAGGACCCAAACAACUCCGAUCCCGGCUCCAAGCCUCUUCUACGGAUUCUACCUUGUGGCCCUGCUCACGAAGUCUUGAGCAAGUUUCAACAUCGCACCGUCUAUUCCAACGUGGUGAACGAUGGCAUAGUCCCAUUGCGGACAUCUUGUCUGCUUUUCUUGGACUGGAGAGGUCUGGACCGAGUCGAAAAGGCGAGGAGAGACAACGGUAUUGUCGGAACUAUGGCAGAAUGGGGAUGGGCAGAGUUGACCGGAGCCAACUCCAAGUCGCCGCGGUUUGGACGCUCAGAUGAGGAAUCACCACUGAGGCUCUCCACCACGGAUGCUGCUCCCCAAUCCCGGUCCACACAUUCUCUCGGGGUUGCAACGAGUCCCACCGGUGAUAAUGCAAACAAAAGCCCGCUUUCUCCAAAGCCCGAGCAAUUUCUGGUGCCACAUCACCAUAAUGCGUCUCAGAGGAGUGUUCCAGACAGUGCCUCGGAGAAUACGCCACUCGGUCCACUGGACAGCUUCCUAUCAAUGUUUCGUCCCAAGGACAAGAAGCCUCAAGGGAAACAGGCAAGAAUCUACAGCCGGAGUCAAACUCUGGGGUCCCUUGAAACCGAUCUUGAACAUUCGCCUCCUGCUGCUCCCGGCCACUCGCAUGAACACGAAGGAGUGCAUACGCCUCCGAAAACGACAUUCUUUGAGUCUGCGGGAGACUUGUUAAUGCCACCUCUUCCUCCUGCAGACUUCAUUCUGGACCCCGCCGCACGACCUCGAACAAUCUUCCAUGAUCGUGUUUACCAUCCAGAGGACAUCCCCAUGCCUCUGCCGGUAAAGCGACGUACUCUGAAUUUUGGCUCAUUGCAAGGCAACAAAGCGAAGUCUGCGCCCGCCUCUGCCACUCAACACCAACCGGGCACGGGCAGCAACCCAGGCAAUAGCGGGAGUGGCCUCAAAGUUGAGGAGAAAAUCGCGAGGGCCUACCACCGUGAUUUGUCGUGGCGCAAGGUUCUUGUUCGUCUUGAACCCGAUGCUCACAACAAUAUCAUCGUGCGACGCAUGUUUACGAAUGCUUAUGGCUGGCCUGUCGUUAAGCAUUUGGUUGAUACCCACUUUGGUCAUGCCCCUCUCGUCGAGGUGGAGGACUCCAUGAAGCAGAAUGUGGACAGGGCCAAAUCGCCCGGAGUCGGACCGACAAGCUCGGGCGACGAGGUGGAGGGACAGUCUGAUUCUGAACCUGUGCCACCUCGGAUGACUCGAGCAGACACAGACAUACUGUCGAGUGUCUCUGGCCUCUAUGUGACCGAAGAUCAGUCCUAUACCCGUGAUGCCGGCUCUCCCGACAAUGAUUCCCUGCGGACCUUGAGUGCUAGUGAAAGAGGACAUUACCCAGAGGUAUCUAGGCAAGAUUCGGCACGAUGGACAGACCGUGAGAUUGAUGAAGACGAUGACUGUGAUUCUGGACUGGAGGACAGCAACGCUGGCUUCCGGUGGUCUCGGAAGAAAUAG